UAACGUGUUCAGUGAUGUCCAACCUGUAUGGAUUUACCGCCGCCGGAAUGGUCGAAGAAUAUCAACAACAGCAACAUAAUCAGCAGUCCUCCCCCAGCCCUAACGGCGACGGACACAUCAAGAGGCCGAUGAAUGCGUUCAUGGUGUGGUCUAGGAUCCAAAGGAGGAAAAUCGCUCUGGACAAUCCCAAAAUGCACAAUUCGGAGAUCUCCAAAAGACUCGGUGCGGAGUGGAAACUGCUGUCCGAAGCGGACAAACGGCCUUUUAUUGACGAAGCCAAACGGCUUCGUGCCCUGCACAUGAAAGAACACCCCGACUAUAAAUAUAGACCAAGAAGGAAACCCAAAGGACCUCUCCCAUCUGGUUUAAAGACAAGUGUUGGUUUCCCGAUGCAUCAGCUACCUUACCCGUUCCCAGCGAUGGACACUCUGAGUUCGCCGUAUCCUUACUUCAAUCCAGCUUUCGAGAUAUCCAGGAUGCAAAGCAUGAAACCUGAGGAACAGCAUAUCCCGCACCAACCAGCUGUGGUGACUUCGUUACAUUCUUCGCUGCACAACUCCCUGUAUUCGUCCCUGUACCAUCAGCAACCAUCGAAGGCUUUCGCACCAGCUCCACCAAUGGGUAUGUUUUCGUCCAUUCCCACGCCUCCCAUGAUGUAUUCCGCGUCUUCUAGUCCCGCGUCGAGUCCAGCCAGUUCAGAUCUGGAAAUCCGCAGGCCGGUCCCAGUAAUGUAUUAGUGAGAACGCGUUUCCCUCAUCGAUAUGAACCUUUGUUGUUAUUGUUGAUAGUAUGGACGUUGUAUAUAGAGAAUUGUUUUAGUUGUUCUUAUUUUACGAUUGUGUUCUGUGAUUGUAGCAUUGCGACUGAUUUUUGUAUAUAUAAUUCCAUAGGUAAUACUGUA